AUGAUUGUGGAACGUCUCCAACAGGCCGAGGAGGAGAUUGAAUGGCUCCGUCGAGAAAAUGAAUUAUUGAUGUUCCAAAAAGAUGCUGCGGAGACUCACUGCUAUUUUUCAGCUCAGAUGGCCGACCACUACAAAGCACGGUUGAACAAGAAGCUGGACGACAAAACUCGCAAGGGAUCAAGCAAGAAACGAACGAAGCCCUAUUCAAGGGUGCUGACAUCAGAGGAAGGCCGUGCGGAGCUGAGGGAAUUGGAGGCUGAUCAGGCUGAGCGCGAGCGUCAGGAGGAAGCGAGUAAACAGAAGAAGGUUGCAGAGGAACAGGGAAAACGUGAUCGGCGAGCAGAGCAGGAGCGUUCUCAAGCUGCAUUUACAGGCGCAAUCAAGACCAAAAAGCUGGAGGAAUUACGAGACGUAGCCGCAGCCUUGCGAUUGCCGGAGACUGGACUCAAGGCUGAAUUGUUACAGCGAAUUUUGCAGCACUUCAACGACCACCCGGGACUCAAGAAAAAUCAACGCUAUGAUGGUUUAUUUAAUCCCCCCCGUUCUCGCAGGCGCCGUCUCGAAAAUGACAAUAGUGUGGCGCCUGAAUUCCCGCAAGAUAUGAUUCCCGCAAAUUCGAUUCAACAACCAUCCAGGUAUCAACCACAGCUGCCUGUCACUCAUUCCUCAAUGUCAGCCAUGGAUCUGCCCCCACCCGGCUACGCACCUCCAUAUUAUUCAAUGCACCAUUCUGUACCUCGGUCUCCACCUGUUCUUCACCCUCCCUUCACACCGGUUGGUAGCGCUAGUAUGUCUCAGGAUUUUCGAGUUGGUGGAGUGCAGAUGUAUGACAUUGGGGGCUCUGGUGAUGCAGGCCGUCAGCUGUAUGAGUCAAGACUCUAUCAACAGUACCAUUACAAUCACAAUAAUUAG